GAAGAAAUGUGUGAAUUAGAGAACUUGGAACGUGGUGUUCCCGAUCUCCUGUCCGAGUUGCUGCUUUCUACAAACCCCAUCUCAGUGGUACUUGGGGAUUCGUCAUACAGUUUGGUUCAAAAUCUGGACCACUGCAUUUGUUGUCGUCAUGAUGAAGAUCCUGCUGGGAUCCGUCGUCUCCUUUGUGCUUGUCACUGCAGGCAGUUCUUUGGAGUGUGAAGUUUGCUCAGGCCUUGGCACCAGCUGUGUUGGCAAAAUGCAGGCCUGUGAGGCAGGCAAAGACACCUGUAUCAUUGUCUUGGCUGAAAACACACUUGCUGGGUACUCACUACAGACGAUUAAUAAAGGUUGUGGAUCCUCUAGUGUCUGUCAUCAUGGACCAAAUUAUUCAAAUUUUGGGCAAGGAAAAGUAUUGAGGUCCUCCACCACUUGUUGCGUGGGGGACGCCUGCAGAACAGCACAUCCUCAAUUGCCUCCAGCAGUUACCAGACCCAAUGGGAAGCAAUGCCCAGCCUGCUACGCGGUGUCACCCAGCACCUGCAAUGACAAUGAGACUGUGGAUUGCGCUGGACCAGAAGAUAACUGUCUUGAUUUGGCUUUGACAAUCACUUAUGGAACGUUCUUGGUCCAAACUGCUCAGAAGGGUUGUGCCAGCGAGUCGGCUUGCCGUGAAUUAAGAAGAGGUGAAAGCAACACAGCAGACGUCCACAUUGAUGUCACAAAGGCUGAAUGCACAGUUGCCUCUCUGCCAAGGCCUGGCUGAUGCCUUGAUCCGUAGUCUCCCAAGACUUGCUGUGUUCCUGCUGGCCAAGAUCCUCUUGCAUUCUGCUGCAUGUCCACCUGCAUUCUGCUGCUUGUCAUGAUUUGGGACCUUGCUUCCCUAGCAAUUAUAGCUA